GUCUAAUCUGCAUGGGGACGAAUAUGUAAAUAGAAAAGGGUGUAUUACAAUAAAUGUACAGGGUACAUGUGACGCUCUUGAAAGAUUUACUAGCAUAAGUGCAGAGUGGCCAGGGAGUGUGCAUGACGCACGAAUUUGGCGCAGAAGUCCAGUUAGGGAGAUCAUGUCACGUUUUGAUGGUAGAGUAUGUCUUCUUGGCGAUUCCGGGUACGGAAUAUCACCAUGGUUAAUAACCCCUUUCAAACCACCAACAAAUGAAGCAGAAAGGCGGUUUAAUUUGUGUCAUUCUAGGGAAAGAGUUGUGAUCGAAAGGUGUUUUGGACAGAUAAAAAGAAGAUUUCCGAUACUGGGUAACUGUGUUCGUGUGGCUUCGGAAAAAGUGCCUAAAGUAGUCGUCUGUUGUGCAGUCCUACAUAAUAUUGCCAAAUAUCUUGGUGAUGUUUAUGAUGACAAUUUUGAGAUCAAUGGUGACGAUGAAAUUGAAGAAAUAGACGUACAACAUGAGAAUCCAGGAACUACUGGUCGAGGUGCUGACAAGCGAAGAGAAAUGAUGUUGUUUGUAAAUCAAUAAAGUGAGUAUUUACUCGAAUUACCCAUGUCUUGUGACCGUUUUACAAAAUACACAAAUGGGAAAAAGUUGGGCCAGUUAGCUGGUACUGUUUAAU